AUGUCACAGUUUUUUUAUUAUCUUGGCUUUGUAACGUCUACUAAUUUGACAUUGGGCUACGAUAUUCGGGACUCACUUAAUAACGUCGACGUCGCUCUUGAAGCUGCUUUGGAUUAUACUUUGCUUCGAUCUCGAACGCCAGACAGAAAUAGCUCUCAAAAGUGCUCUUGCAACGACAAUACCACGGAACCGUACAUAGUCACUUUGAUUGGUGGAGCACGCUCUGAGAUAUCGCAACGUGUUAAUGCGAUUGCUGGCGUAUCAUCACUUCCACAAAUUAGCUACUCUAGUACUAGUGUCUCUUUGAGCAACAAGGAAGCAUACAGGACUUUCAUGCGUACCAUACCUCCAGAUAAUUAUCAAGCCCGUGCUAUGGUUGAUAUCUUGAAACAUUUCAACUGGUCAUAUGUUGCAACAGUAGCGACAGAUGAAGAUUAUGGUCGUGGUGGAGUGGAGGUCUUUAACCAAUUAGCACGACGUUAUAACAUAUGUAUCUCGUUACAACGGCUCUUUCAUUUCAACAUUAGCUCAGAAGACACGAAACAAGAAAUUCGGAGUAUUGUCAGAGAUUUGAAAAAAAUUGAAAGAACCAACGUGAUUGUGUUGUUUUGCGAGCGUCCACGAGCUGUCGCUGUGCUUAAAGAAGCUCAAAAACAAGGGUUAACUGGGAAAACGUGGAUUGCCACCGAGGCUUGGGGAUUCAGUGAUAGCGUUUAUGAUUUUGAUUUAUCGACAGUGGGCGGUAUCGUGGGUAUCGUUACACAUACUCCCACUGUACCCUUAUUUGAAAAACAUUUGAGGAAGUUCAACUUAACCAUGGAAAACCCUUGGAUCUUAGAGUAUGUACGCGAACAUGGUUUUAACGUGACUGCUUUGAAUCUAACGAGAAGCAAAACAUCUUAUAUUAUGGGUGCUGUUUAUACUGUUGCAUUGGGAUUAUUUGAGUACAUGAAUUGUACUGAAACAAAACCAUAUACUUACGAGAAUUGCAAUAGUAGUUAUAUAAAGAAUAUUGACUUGGAAAGGUUAAGAAUGUAUAUGUUACAGGUGAAUAGAACUGGAUCCAGUAGUAGGUUGUUGAGUUACAAUGAAGAUGGAAAUCCAGAAGUGAUCUAUUACAACAUCAGCAACCUUCAACCUUCAAACAAAAAUAAAAAAGGGAAAAGUUUUGUGUUCGUUGGAAGUUGGUCCAACGGUUUACUGAAAAUUCGGAGUCCCAUUUACUGGAACGGUGGUCGAAAAACCACCCCUGUCUCGGUGUGUUCGUUUCCAUGCCCCCCGGGGAUGUAUCAAGUGAAUAGUGAUGUUGCUUGUUGCUGGGAUUGUAUACUUUGUCCACCCGGAAAAUUUAAGGUCGGUAUCGGACCAAACCAAUGCGAGGAAUGUCCUAACGGUUUUACAUCUGAUUCUAAUCGUACGCGAUGCUUGCGCAUACCAGAAGAGUUUAUCCGUUGGGAUUCGGCAACUGCUGCCGUAUUGACAUCGUUUUCUGUGUUCGGAGUAAUUGUGACGUUAUUCGUGUUUGGUGUUUACUAUAAACAUCGUAAAACCCCUAUCGUCAUAGCUGCAUCACGACAUCCCUCUUUGCUCCUUCUCAUAACUAUAACUGUGAUGUUUGCUCUACCAUUGCUUUAUAUUGGACGUCCAAAUACGUCUAUUUGUCAUGUUCAGCCUAUAGCAUUUGGCUUACUCAUGACUUUGGCAUCUUCACUGGUGCUAACCAAAACAUUUCGACUCAUUCAGAUCUUUAAUAACGUUGUAACCAACAUCAAAGAUAAAUCCCUGGUUACAAUGAAGACUCAGUUUCUUAUGGUUUUCGUUUUGCUCGUUAUUGAAGCUAUUCUGAUAGCAGUAAUGGUGGAUGUGCAUCCUAUUAAAUUGCAAUCCUUCGUAAGAGAGACCGCUGUACCUAUCGGUUGCAAUGAUUCUGCACGUGAUCUGCAUACCGCUGUACUUUUGUAUAACUGGCUUUUAUCUAUGGUGUGUGCAAUAAUGGCAUUUCGUGCUCGUUCCCUUCCAGCCAACUUUAGUGAAGCACGUUUGAUUACUUAUGCUAUGUUUUCAUUUUCAGUAAUAUGGUUUUCUUUUAUUAUCGUCUUCACAGGAAGUAUUCUUGAUCGUUUUGCCAUUUAUAUUUGUGUCGCUAUUUUAGCGACUGCCGUGGAUCUUCUUGCAUGUAUGUUUGCACCCAAGAUAUAUGUGAUUCUCUUUAAGCCUGAACUCAAUCAAAUGGAAGUUGUUCGUGCUGAUAUAUACCGCUAUACAAUGAAACAGCGGGCGCGACCACUUUCUCCAAACCCUAAUCCAGUGAAACUCAACACGUGAGAAAUACGUUAGAUGGUACUUUACCUCGUAGAAAAUCUGCACACAGCAUACAAGACGCCAAGUUGUGAUGAAGUUUAAGUUUCAAAAGCUCUAAGUUUUUCACGAAAAAUCUAUGGACGUCGACCCAGCAGUUUAAUCAAAAAAGAGCAACUCAGUGUAUGUUUUAGAAUUUUCUCUCUAGUAGUGAAAGACAUUUAUGAUGAUGAAAAUAUUAACAUGUUGUAAAAAUAUUGAUUGUAAAUAUCCUUGAUUAUGAUGGAUAAUAAAGUAAAAUUUACAGCUCCAA